AUGGAGACCAGCGUGCUCCUGCUGCGCGUCUGCCUCGCGCUGCUCGCCAUGCCCAUCUACCUGCUGUCGUUCCUGGGGAUAUGGAAGCCUUUCUGUGAGAAGAUAUUUUUUCCUUACUUCCUCGAGAAGCUUUCUGUAAUUCACAACAGGAAAACACACAGGCAGAAGCAAGACUUAUUUCGUAAUCUGCCCGAGUUUGCAAGUACUUCGGGAGAGCUGAAGCUGCUGGAGAUCGGCACGGGCUGCGGCACUAACUUCCAGUUCUACCCAGCAGGCUGCAGAGUGACCUGCACCGACAUCAACCCUCACUUCCAGCAGACCCUUACGCGAAACAUGAAGCAGAACCAGCACCUCCGCUACGAACGUUUCUUAGUAGCCGCAGCAGAAGAUCUGAGCCAGGUGCCCAGCGGCUCUGUGGACGCAGUCGUUUGCACGUUAGUCCUCUGCUCUGUGCUGGACGUAGACAGAGCCUUGAGAGAAGUUCUGCGAGUGCUCAGACCCGGCGGCGUUUUCUAUUUCCUGGAUCACGUGGCUGCCGAUCGCUCUAGCUGGAAGUAUUUUUGGCAGCAGAGCUGCUUUCCAACUUGGAAACUCGUGUUUAAUGGGUGCUGCCUAACAAGGGAGAUAUGGAAAAACCUAGAACAGGCCAACUUCUCUGAACUGAAAUUGCAACACAUUAGUGUUCCUCUGACCUGGACACCUAUUAAGCCUCAUAUUAUUGGAUAUGCUGUGAAGUAA